UGUUCAUGAAAUGAACUACUUUUGACAGUAGUGCAUAAUGAUCGUGAUAAAUGAGGAAUUCUGGAACUACUCAUGUUGAGAAAGAUUUGCAGAAACAUGGCAUUGGAAAAUUUAAAAGUAGUAGUAUUUGAUUUAGACUAUACUUUAUGGCCAUUUUGGGUUGACACGCAUGUAUCACCACCUUUUAGAAAAACCUCAAAUGGUCAAAUUUUGGACUCUCAAAAGACUCCUAUUAAAUGUUAUCCUGAAGUACCUAGAAUCUUAGAAAAGUUAUUUAAUGAAGGUUAUAAAUUAGCAGUUGCAUCCAGAACGUCUGAAAUAAAAGGUGCCAGGCAACUGAUAGAGCUGUUUGGAUGGGACAAAUAUUUUUCAUAUCUUGAAAUUUUUCCAGGAUGUAAAACUACACAUUUUAAUAAGAUUAAAAAUCAAUCUGGAGUUAGCUUCAACCAAAUGAUAUUUUUUGAUGAUGAACAACGUAAUAUACGAGAUAUUAGUGAAAUAGGAGUAACUUCAAUAUUUGUAAAAACCGGUGUAAACCAGGAAGUGAUAGAAGAAGGAAAAAGAAAAUUUUUAGAACAAAGAAAAUAGUUUAAUUUUUAAAUUUAAACAAAGUUAACUUAUGGUUUAACCUUUAUAAUUGCAUUUAUUAAUUUAAUAGUUUUUUUUAUCAAACAAUGAAAAAUGUGUGUUUGAUAGUCUUUAAAUGUAAAUAAAAAUACAUUUCUUAUCUCUGUGUAUAUUAGAAAAAUAAAUCCUAUAACUUUAAAAAAAAUAAACCUCUGUAUAUAACAAUUAUCAAAGAUUAUAUUCGAAAGGUGUAAUAAAUGUAAAAAAUUGAUGGAGUGGACUAAAUUAUUCGUUUAUUUCAUUAUUAGGACAUAUUUGCUACUUUAAAAUCUCCUAAAGUCAUCCUUAUCCAAGUUAUCCACAUUUGAUCGACUAAUUUACUCAGAGUUAUUUCUUGAAAAAUAUCACAUCUGCUUACUUCAACAAAGCCCAUAUUUUCAAACAUUUUCAUACUUAUGGGAUUCAAGUAUGAAAUUUUUACAAUAUACUGUUUUACACCUAAAUUAUCUAUUCCAUAUAGCAUCAUAAGUAACAUGGCUUCCCAGCCACACUUUCUUCUUCUAGCCCAUUCUUCUGCUAUCAUAAUUUCUGCUUCUGCACAAAGUCUAUCGUCUGCAUUCCCAAAGAAUAAGUUUGUAUCGCCGAUCAUAGAUUCU